UACACUGCCGCCCAUGUGUCUUGGGUAGGUAGAUCCCAUUCUCUACCUCAUUCUCUACCUCCCUCUUACCUCUUUACAGCUGAGGACUGAUGAUCAAAGAGACUUGAUCAAUAUGGCUAAUGCGACGACACCUCUUCUCGCCGACGACCGUCGCGACCCCGAUGCAAACUCGAACUCGCUAAGCGACUCCGAAGAAGAUGCUCUCCGCGGACAAUCUAGAGCCACACACCACGGCCGGUCAUGGCAUAACCGAUUGCGAGAAUCCCUUCUAUUCGCCUGGGCACUUCUCGCAACCGCCGGUGUUCUAGUUCUCGCCGUCUGGGCGUCGCAUCAGCAACAAACCGCGUUCGAUAAACCCGCCGGCAAGCGUAAUCUGAUUUUCAUGGUCUCUGACGGCAUGGGCCCCGCGUCUUUAUCCUUGACUCGAAGUUUCAGACAAUAUACUGAAGGGCUCGACCAUAGCGACACUCUCACUCUCGACAAGCAUUUCUGGGGCAGCAGCCGAACAAGAAGCAGUUCUUCUCUAGUCACUGAUUCUGCUGCUGGGGCGACGGCCUUUAGCUGCGGGAUGAAGAGCUACAACGGAGCUAUCUCUAUGCUACCCGAUUCUACUCCUUGCGGGACCGUGCUCGAGGCGGCUAAGAAAGCUGGAUACAAGACCGGUUUGGUUGUCACAACGGAUAUCACCGAUGCCACACCUGCCUGUUUCGCUAGCCAUGUAGACGUCCGCUCACAAAACGACGAUAUCGCAGUGCAAGAGGUUGGUAAUGGGCCCCUUGGUCGCGUGGUAGAUUUGAUGUUUGGAGGUGGGCGAUGCCACUUUUUGCCGAACGAGACCCAUGGAGGAUGUCGCGCGGACAAUAUCGAUGUAGUGGAGAUGGCGAAGAAUGAUUACGGAUGGAACUAUAUCAGCGACCGGGCAGCCUUUGACGAAUUCUGGGAGGGCGAGAAAGAAGUCCCACUUCCUAUGCUGGGUCUUUUCGCCGAUACGGAUAUUCCAUUCGAACUCGACAGGCAAAACAUGAACGACAUCUACCCAAGUCUCAGUGAGAUGGCCAAGACGGCUUUGAGGGCUCUUGAGAAGGCCACUGAGGGCAGCGACCAGGGAUUUUUCUUGAUGAUUGAGGGUAGCAGGAUUGAUCAUGCCGGACAUGGAAACGAUCCAGCUGCGCAAGUCCGAGAAGUCCUUGAAUAUGACCGGGCUUUUAAGGCUGUCGUGGAUUUCCUAGAGGAGAGCAGCACUCCAGGCGUUCUUGUCGCAACUUCUGACCACGAAACAGGAGGAUUAGCAGUUGCACGACAGGUCAACGCCAAUUACCCACAAUACUUAUGGUAUCCCGCCGUCUUAGCGAAUGCCUCGUCAUCUUCGGAAUACCUUGCUCAUCGCCUUCACGGUCAUAUAUCAAAGACUUCUGACAAUUCCGUCGAUAACCUGAAGAAGUACAUUAACGAGGAGCUCGUCAUCCCCGGCCUUGGUAUCCACGACGCCUCUGACGAUGAGCUCACAGCGUUGGCCACUAAGCCAGAACAAGCUCAAUAUACGUUUGCGCACAUGAUCAGCAUCCGCGCGCAAAUCGGCUGGAGCACUCACGGUCACUCGGCCGUAGACGUCAACAUCUACAGCUCCGGCGGUCCCGGCGCGGACGCUAUUCGGGGUAAUGUGGAGAACACCGACGUAGGGAAAUACUUGAGGGAGUACCUUAACGUCGACGUAGACGCCAUCACCAAAGAGCUGAACGAGAAGAUGAGCUCGGAGAAGAAGCUAGGCAUGCUUGGCCAGGAAACCGGUAUAGAUGUUGCCGAGCAGGCGGCUACCGCGGUUGAGGACCACUGGGUAUCGCAUGAGGCGAUGGAGACCCAACGGAUGAACGUAGUAGAUGUGGAAGUAUAAUAUCUUGCUUGGCUUGGCUUUAAUAGGGUUCGGGUUGUAACUGUUUGGAGGCUAGAGCUGCAUUUUCUUUUGGAUUCGUUCAUUCAUUGGGUUAGCAUUUAUGGCAUUUGAGUAGAGGUGAUAAAUACAGAAUUGAUACCCACAUAUGAGCAAAGCUAUACGGAGUCCAAGAUUAGGAGAAAUACAUACAUGCUUAAUGGCGCAAAGGUGGACUCGGCCUACUUAGAAUCUUGAAGAGG